AACAAUAACAAUAUAAAUAAUAACAAUAACAAUAACAAUAACAAUAACAAUAACAAUAACAAUAACAAUAAUAAUAAUAAUAACAACAAUAAUAACAAUAAUAAUAACAAUAACAGUAACAAUAACAAUAAUAAUAACAAUAAUAGUAAUAACAAUAACAAUUACAAUAACAAUAACAAUAAUAAUAACAAUAACAAUAACAAUAACAGUAUCAAUAAUUAUAACAAUAACAAUAACAAUAACAAUAACAAUAAUAAUAAAAAUAACAAUAACAGUAAUAAUAAAAUUAAUAAUAUUAAUAAUAAUAAUAACAAUAACAAUAUUAAUAACAAUAACAAUAACAAUAGCAAUAAUAAAAACAAUAACAGUAAUAAUAACAAUAAUAAUAAUAACAAUAACAAUAACAGUAACAGUAACAUUAACAAUAACAAUAACAAUAAUAAUAACAAUAAUAAUAAAAAUAACAAUAACAAUAAUAAUAACAAUAACAAUAUAAAUAAUAACAAUAACAAUAACAAUAACAAU